AUCUAGGGGCGGCACCCGUUCAGUCCCAGCCUCAGGGCUCCACCGCACUGGACGCGGACGCAAAGUGGAAGCACAGGAGGCAGUCUCGUCCCACCCGACCGCUGGGACACACACCAGAUUGGAUGGCCAAAACCCUUGUGGGCCUGCUGGCCGCGUCCCUGGUGGUGCUGCUGCUGGCCGACGUCGCGCUGGGCCAGACGUUCACCUACUCCCGGGGGUGGAAGCCGGGCGGCAAGCGGGCCCGCGCCGUGCCGCUGCCCCCGCCGCCCCCGCGGCCCCGCGCCACGCCCAACGCCCCGGCCAGCUACCCAGAGGACGUCGUCCUGGACGACCAGCCCGUCAGAUACUUCGUCGAGGCGCUCGGUGAACGCUGGGCCCCGUUCGAUGUGGCACCCUGGCGCCCUCAGGCCCAACCCCCGGCCCAGGACGACGACGAGCGCUACCGACAUGCCGAGCAGCCCUCCCAGGGGGAACACGACGACCACUAGGGCGCCAAACAACGCCGGUCACUCUCGGACACUCCCUGACACCGCUCGACGGCGUCGGAUCGUGCCCGCCUCAACCGCCACCAUCACCAUCCAAACAACUUCAAAAGCAUAUUUUCUGCGGAAAGUGGAAGAAAGUGUCGCACCUCCCCCUUCACCAUACCUCCGGGUGCGUGAAGGAUUAGGUUGCGAGCCACGGUCGUUUCCACGUGUGACGAAGGUCUACAACCUUCGGUUUGGCGUGCGAACCUGUGGAGCGCAAGCGUUUCCCAUGACAGCCCGCCAGCCCCUCUCCCAUCGAAGUUUUAUUGUAAAUGAUUAAAUAAGCGAGGGUUUGGAAAAAAA